AUGUACAGGAACAUUUAUUUAACACUUUAUUUCAUUAGUUGGCUUUUCAAUCUACUGAAUGCCGCUUACUUAUAUCCCCAGAAAUCAAAGAGAGGAGAGGGUUCGUUCAAGUUUAGGAUUUUUGACCUUAAUAUAAAGGCAGAUAAAAACUACGAUUAUGGUCAAAGAGUCUGGUCUGAACGUAAGAAUGCGACUAUUGAAGCCAUCCUAGCAAGCUCUCUGGAAUAUGCAACAAUUAUCACACUACAAGAAGCCCUUGUAACCCAAGUUAAAGAUAUUGAAGAUGGUCUUAAUAAAAAUGGAGGUUCAUCUUGGACCUAUUUUGGGGCUGGGGCAGACGAUGGUGUAGAGGCCGGUCAAUUUAAUCCAAUAUUCUACGAUGAAAAAAGGUGGAAGUUAGACAGAGGAAUUCAAAAAUGGAUGAGUUUUACUCCGGAUGUGCCUUCGGUCUACGGAGGUACAGAGAAGAGGAUAUUCGUAGUAGCCACACUUGUCCACAAAGAAUCGGGCCAUGCUGUCAACGUAGUUAAUACGCAACUUGACGACAAAGAGGUGAUAUUAAGAAACUUUUGGUGUAUAGAUAUUGUGGAUUAUAUUAGGGAACAAGACGAAAUUCAUAGAAUUUUACCAGUAAUUGUGAGUGGUGACCUCAACUCUGGUGAAGAGAAUAUUCCCUAUAGGAUUCUUUCACGUUAUUUUUUUGAUUCCUCCAAGGUUGCGAAAGAGCAGAUUAUACCCUUCUCCACCGUUUCUGGUUUUUCGGGUUAUGAAGGAAAAACGUCUGAUUUUGUUUUCAUGAACCCGUCAGCUUCUAAACUUUCUACUACACGAUACGAAGUAAUGGAUAACAAGGAUGGAAAAUAUAGAUUUAGUAGCCAUAGACCGGUCGUUGUUGACUUUUCUACGUAA